UGCUGUGUGCUGCUUUAAAACGCAGAAACCAGCGUUUAGAGCGCCCAGGCCCCGCCCCCGCAGUCCCUAUCCACGCGGGAGCUGGACCACGGCUUCCCACGGCGCUGCGCCCGCGCGCACAGCCGCCUGCGCCUGCGCAGAGGCCCCGACCGCGCGCUGCCGCUUCAGCGCGCGUUCCCGGCCGUCGUGGAAGUCUCGCGAGCGCGGCGGGAGGCGCGUGGGUUCGGUGGCCGGCGCGCCGGCUCCGGGUUCUGGCCCAGGCGUCGGGCGUCCCUAGGCCCCGCCCUGAGACGAUGGGGGACAACACCAGCCCCAUCAGCGUGAUCCUGGUGAGCUCGGGCAGCAGGGGCAAUAAGCUGCUGUUCCGGUACCCCUUCCAGAGGAGCCAGGAGCACCCCGCGUCCCAGACAAAUAAGCCACGUAGCAGAUAUGCUGUUAACAACACAGGUGACCAUGCGGAUGACCAGGAUGGCGACUCCAGGUUUUCAGAUGUUAUUCUGGCGACAAUUUUGGCAACCAAGUCUGAAAUGUGCGGCCAAAAAUUUGAGCUGAAGAUUGAUAAUGUUCGGUUUGUUGGGCAUCCAACGCUGCUGCAGCAUGGUCUGGGGCAGGUCUCUAAAACAGAUCCAUCCCCGAAGAGGGAAGCACCUACCAUGAUUCUUUUUAAUGUGGUAUUUGCAUUGAGGGCCAACGCGGACCCAUCUGUGAUCAACUGUCUGCAUAACCUGUCUCGGCGCAUCGCCACUGUGCUGCAGCACGAGGAGCGCCGCUGUCAGUACCUCACUCGAGAGGCCAAGUUGAUCCUGGCACUCCAGGAUGAGGUGUCCACCAUGGCUGAGGGUGAGUCCGCAAAUGAAGGUCCUCAGUCCCCGUUUCAUCACAUCCUGCCUAAAUGCAAGCUGGCCAGGGACCUCAAGGAAGCUUAUGACAGCCUGUGCACAUCUGGUGUGGUGCGGCUCCACAUCAACAGCUGGUUGGAAGUGAGCUUCUGCCUGCCUCACAAGAUCCACUAUGCAGCCUCCAGCCUGAUCCCCCCUGAGGCCAUUGAGCGGAGCCUGAAAGCUAUCCGCCCAUAUCAUGCCCUACUGCUGCUCAGUGAUGAGAAGUCCCUGCUGGGUGAGCUUCCCAUCGACUGCUCCCCAGCCUUGGUGCGAGUGAUCAAGACCACAUCCCCUGUGAAGAACCUGCAACAGCUUGCACAGGAUGCUGACCUGGCCUUAUUGCAGGUUUUCCAGCUUGCGGCUCACCUGGUGUACUGGGGCAAGGCCGUCAUCAUCUACCCACUGUGUGAGAACAACGUCUACGUCCUGUCUCCCAAUGCCAGUGUGUGUCUGUACUCCCCACUGGCCGAGCAGUUCUCCCGACAGUUCCCAUCCCAUGACCUGCCGUCAGUCCUGGCCAAGUUCUCCUUGCCUGUCUCCUUGUCGGAGUUCAGGAGCCCUCUGGCUCCUCCCGUACAGGAGACCCAGCUCAUCCAGAUGGUGGUGUGGAUGCUGCAGCGCCGGCUCCUCAUCCAGCUGCACACCUACGUCUGCCUGAUGGCCUCGCCCAGUGAGGAGGAGCCCCGCCUGCGCGAGGACAUGCCCUUCACUGCCCGUGUUGGGGGCCGCAGCCUCAGCACACCCAACGCCCUAAGCUUCGGCUCCCCAACCAGCAGUGAUGACAUGACACUUACUAGCCCCAGCAUGGACAACUCCAGUGCAGAGCUGCUACCCAGUGGAGACUCACCACUGAACAAAAGGAUGACAGAGAACCUGCUGGCCAGCCUGUCAGAGCAUGAGCGAGCAGCAAUCCUCAGUGUGCCUGCCGCCCAGAACCCUGAGGACCUCCGCAUGUUUGCCAGGUUGGGGCAGGCUCCUUCACUACUUCCGAGGCCGCCACCAUCUGGAGGAAAUCAUGUACAACGAGAACACACGGCGCUCCCAGCUGCUUAUGCUCUUCGACAAGUUCCGCAGUGUGUUGGUGGUUACUACCCAUGAGGACCCCGUCAUUGCAGUCUUCCAGGCUCUGCUCACGUGAGCCCAGAUGGAGGAUGGAGAGGCUAUUGGGUGUAUAGGUAGAUGCUAGCCUUCUCACCCUAGGGCUCCUAUCCUUCUUGGCCUGAGCCCUGGCACUGGAUGGACAGUCAACCCUGCUCCGCUGACUGAAGGUCCUGGGAACCCCUGUCCAUCUGGUUGCAGGUGCCUGAGUCUGGCUCAGUAGCAUUUGUGUGGCUGCUACCCUCUGGGCUCUCUCAUCUGGUCCCAAGAGACCUUAGCAUUGCUCAGCUGAGGGAGACACACACAUGCACAUGGGCUGUGCCUUUCCAAUCAUGCUGUGCUCCCUGUGAAGACCCCACAUGCACCACCCUGGAGAAUGCAGAAAAACUGACCCAUCCCUCUUGCUCUGAUGGCAGUCAGCAUGUGAGGUCUAAGCGGCUGGCCUAUCCUGUGGCCCCUCACCCAGCAUCACCUGUUUGCCAUGUGCUCCAUUCCUUCUAGCUACUGUCAGUCUUUCUUGGUGAGACUUCAUCCCAACCCAACAGGCUCAGUCAAGCUGUUGUCCCAUCCUGGCCAUCUGAAAAGUGAGGGCGUGGGGCCCCUGCCCUCGGGAGGGGUUGUGUUGUGCAUGCAUACUGUUGGUUUUCCCCUAGUGGUCACAUGCUGGGUGCCCAACUCUCCUGUCCUGGAGGAAGAACUAACUGUAGACACAUGCCGAUUGGCCAGGGAGCUCUAACUGAGAUAUGGACAACAGUUCUCUAGAAACAAAACAUUUAUUUGGCUUUUAAACAAUUAAAAAGCCUGUUGGA